AUGAUUAGGACUAUCAGAGGAUUAGCUACAUUUCCAAGAUUACUUAGUCAUGAAAAUCCAUUGGGUCUUCCUCAAUUUCAGAGAAAAGGUUCAGCUGCAUCUCCUAAUCCCCCAUCUAAGGGACUCCCGGUAAAGCAACACAUUUCAAAUGUAAAAGACAUCAUUUUGGUAUCGUCAGCUAAAGGUGGUGUUGGGAAAUCGACAGUGUCCGUCAAUACCGCGUUGGCUCUCCAAAAGCUUGGUAAAAAGGUGGGCUUGUUGGAUGCGGAUAUUUUUGGACCAUCGGUUCCGAAGUUGAUGAAUUUGAAAGGCGAGCCUCGUUUAUCACAAACUUCAGGUAAGCUAUUACCACUAUCAAAUUACGGCAUACAAACAAUGUCAAUGGGAUAUUUGAUCAAAGAUGAACAGGCUGUGGUGUGGCGAGGAUUAAUGGUGAUGAAGGCAAUUCAGCAGUUGCUAUUUGAUGUGGAGUGGACACCAAUAGAUUACUUGAUCAUAGACAUGCCCCCUGGUACAGGGGACACCCAGCUCUCUAUUAGUCAAUUGUUGGAUAUCUCUGGUGCACUUAUUGUCACCACCCCACAAGAUAUUGCAUUAAUUGACGCUGUGAAAGGAAUUACAAUGUUCAACAAAGUUAAAAUACCAUUGAUUGGAAUUGUGCAGAAUAUGAGUCACUAUAUAUGCCCCAAUUGCAAUCACAAGUCUCAUAUAUUCAAGUCUGACGGUGCAGAGAAAGUGGCAAAGGAAUACGGAAUCAAAGUUGUCGCUAAUAUUCCACUCAAUGAGAAUAUUUGCCUUCAAUCCGAUCUAGGUAAACCAAUUGUAGUAUCGGAUCCAGAUUCACAAAUUUCAAAGGACUAUUUUGAUAUUGCAAAGGCAAUAACAAGUUUUGAAAAAAUGCAACACAAAUAA